AUGGCUGGUAAAAAGAAAUCAUUACAUCCAGCCUUUGUUGUCACAAAUAUCAAAACCCUAAUUCCCAUUCUCCUGGAUAUCAAACAUGAUGAAUUUCUUCAUGAGUUUUUCUGUUCGAACUCCAUCUCCAAGCUCACAAUCUGGAAUUUUUUUAUUGGCGGUUCAGCAACCCCAACGGAUCUUGAUGCCGCUACCAUGAAACAGCUAGACGCUCUCUGUUGCCAGUGGAUGUUCUCUACCAUGGCCAAAGAUUUGAUUCUCACCGUUCUCAAAUCAGGCAAAACUGCUAAAGAAAUCUGGGAUCACCUUAAGAAGCUAUUUCAAGACAACAAAGGAAGUCGCGCGACAACCCUUGAAAGUAAGUUUGUUAACCUUAAAUCCACUGAAUGUAAUGGUGUUGAUAAUUACUGUGAUAAACUUAAGUCAUUCUCCGAUCGAUUAAGUGAUCUCGAUUUCCCGAUGAAAUGA